GUGUUCAACAUGCCGACGAAGUAAGGGUUCAACCUGCUGAUCCUGUUGAUGCAGAGAGGAUGCAAACCAUUAGCAUGACAAUGACACGAGCAGGACUACAAGUUGCAGAUAAAUGGAUUCCACCUCAAGCUAAUUUGAAUGUGCAUGUAGCUGUCCUCGUCUUCGCUGCUGCUGCAGUCGCCAGACCCACCCCCAGUCAAGAAAAACGUCUUGCUGCACCUGAACAAGAGAAACGUAAUGCCCAUAAGCGUGCUCCUCAAC